AUGAAAGCAAUAAUACUAAUAGCAACUACCAUCCUUCUAGGAGCUCAGUUAGCUUAGUCAAAGCUUGAGGGAAAGCCGUUUAUUAAUGACACCUUUAUCUCAGAUUACAUUAAUGUCGACUCUAAAGAUCAACUGUUCUUCAUGUUGUUCUUAUCCAGAAAUAAUCCAGACAAGGAUCCUCUAGUUAUCUGGCUUCAAGGAGGACCUGGAUGCUCUUCCGAGUUUGGGAUGUUUACUGAGAAUGGCCCUUAUACUGUUAAAUUUGAUAGAUUGAAGAAUCCAUCAAUAGAAACAACUUACAAUAACUAUUCGUGGAACAAUUUUUCAAACGUUUUGUACUUAGAUCAGCCACUUGGAACUGGCUUUAGUUAUCCAACCAAUGAGUUUUCAUAUAGAUUCACAGAAAGACAGCUUUCUGAUGACUUCUAUGCUUUUCUUUUAGGGUUCCUUGAGAAGUAUCCAGAUUUCAAUAACAGGCCUAUAUAUCUUGCUGGUGAGAGCUAUGCUGGGCACUAUAUCCCUCUUUUCACUAAGAGACUGUAUGAAGAGUAAAAUCCAUAUAUAAACCUAGCUGGUAUAGCCAUUGGAAAUGGUUGGGUCGAUCCAUUUUAUUAGUACCCAGCUUAUAACACUUUUGCCCUUGAAAACAAAUUAGUCAACAAACCAAAGUCUUUACUGAUUGAAUUUGGAAUGAAUUUAUGCUAAUUUAUGAUGCUUAUGGAGUUCCCACUUGUUUCUGCAUUAAUGUGUGAUGCUUCUCAAAUGAUCAUUCUAGGAAACCCUAUUUAUCCCAACUUUAACAUUUAUGAUAUAAGAGAGGAGUGCAACUUCCCCUCAAUGUGCUAUGGGGAAGACGGGUUAGAGUUCUAUGUGUAGGGAAAGAAAUUUAGAUCAAUGGUUAAUAAUACUAAGCAUGGCUAGUGGGUUGGAUGUAACUCAGCGGUACAUUUCGCCUUGACUUUGAACAAUCAAAAUAAUUAUGGAGUCUACUUGAAGAAUUCAUUAAAUGCAGGAUUACCAGUGCUAAUCUACAGUGGAGACAAAGAUUUCAUAUGUAAUUGGAGAGGAGGGGAAGCCUGGACUUAAGCACUUACUUGGGAUCAUCAAGACGAUUUUAACUCGAAACAUCUCAGUGACUGGGGCCAGAAUUUAAAACUUGAAAGCAAUAACAAGACUUAGGGAGGACAGGUUAAAAGCUAUGAAAAUUUCACAUUCUUCAGAAUCUAUGAUGCGGGUCAUAUGGUGCCCACCGAUUAACCAGAAGUUGCAUUUAAUAUGAUGAAGGAAUUCAUUGCAAAGGGCAAACUUGAUUCUGUCAUUGAUAAUCAAGCAAAUUAAAGCUUGAAAAGCUCAGUAAAUUCAGAAUCAAUUAUGUUGCAGUGA